UUAUACAAAAAACGUUAGUGAAGGCUCCUAAACAGCAACCCAUAAACUUUGUGAUGAACACAAGCACUAGCAACAACGCCACCAACUUGCCAUUAUCAAAAAUCCCCAUUUUACACCAGCACUACCAUUAUUAAUUUCCUUCCCUCUUUACUCUCCAUCUUCAAUUUAAAAGAUACACAAGAAUCAGAUUACAAACCAAGAGGCAGAUACAAAGAUUACAUCUUCAACAUUAAUUCUUGAAAGAAGAUUUAAUGCGGCGGAUGUUGGUUGUAAUGAAGCGAAACCUUCAAAACAUUAGGAAGAGUCCAAGAGUAGCUGAUGAAAACAUGUUUAAUAUUAACGGAGCUCAGCUUCCAAUCUUGGUGCAUGAUAUGAACAUAAGAAGAAGAUCAUCACCUCGUGGAUGGAAUGCUUUCUCGGUUAUUUAUACUCUUGUACGUGCUCCACUUUCUAUUGUUUCUUGUUUCUCUCAACCUCAUGUUCAUGGUGUUGAUGGCGUCUGGGUUUCUGGUGAAUUUGCUCAAAUCUCUGAAAUGAAUCAUCUUAUGGUAAGUGACAGCAUGCGCUACGCAAUCUUGAUGUAAAUUCAGUUCCAUCAAACUCUCUACCUAGAAAGACUUUUAUGUAUGUUUUAGGGCGUGUGUGUGUGUAUAUAUAUAUAUAUAUAUAUAGAUGCAUCCAUCAAUUGCCCGCAGCUUUAUUUGCAUGGAGCUAUUAGCUAUGGCAAAGAGUGCAAAUUUCUUUUUUAUUUUCUCUUAUGGUGGAGAUACAGAUAUCCAUGUAUGAAUGGAGUU